AUGCAGGGGGAAGAAGAAGGCAAUGCCGAUCACGAUUACUCCGGUAACGAUUCAGAGGAUAACAAGAGCCCGCUGCUUCAGCCGCGUCAGGGCUCCGACAAGGACUACGCGACGGCUUCGUCGUUGAGGCCGUCGGGGUACGGAAGCAGCAUGUUCGGUGGGCAGCGGAACAGCAGCAUUUUUGCGGCAGGGGAUGAAGGCGGCGGGGUCGGGAUUGGAGGAGGGUGGCAGCUGGCAUACAAGAAGAAGGAAGGCGGGCUUCAGAGGGUGUAUCUUCACGGCGGAGCCGCGGCCGGGUCGAGGAGAGGGUCGAUGGUUUCCGGCCUUGGUGGCGCCAUGGAUGUCGAGGAAAUCGGGGCAGGAGAGUUCGUCCCCGCCGCCGCGCUCGUUAGCCAGACCGCGGUUUGCUCCAAGGAUGUGCUUGCCGGUGGGAAGCCACAAAUUGGAGGACGACGGCCGCCGCAGAAGGAAAGCAAAGCCGCCGGAUGCUCCGACCUCUUUGAACCUGGGAUCAAGCGUGCUUUGGUAGUCGGAGUUGUGCUCCAGUUUCUUCAGCAGAUUUCGGGGAUCAAUGGAGUAUUGUACUACGCUCCCCAGAUCCUACAAGAAGCAGGGGUUUCGAUUCUACUAGCAAGUCUGGGAUUGCGAUCGGACUCUGCCUCCAUCCUCAUCAGCCUUUUCUCCACGAUUAUAAUGCUCCCCUGCAUUAUGAUUUCCAUGAGGAUCAUGGACGUCGCCGGCAGAAGGUCGAUCAUGCUGUACACGAUCCCAAUCUUGGUGGUGGCGCUGUUCGCGCUAGUGUUCAGCAGCAUAGUGAGCAUGGGCGCGGUGCCUAGGGCAAUAAUCUCGACGGGCGGCGUGGUGGUGUACAUGAGCUGUUUCGUGAUGGGGUUCGGCGUCAUCCCCAACAUACUCUGCGCCGAGAUCUUCCCCACGGCAGCCAGGGGGCUCUGCAUCACGAUCUGCGCGCUCACUUACUGGAUCAUGAACAUUGUCGUCACGUAUUCGUCGCCGCUGCUGCUCAACAGCCUGGGGCUGGCCGGGGUGUUUACGAUCUUUGGGAUUGGGUGCAUGCUGUCGUGGGUGUUCGUGUUCCUCAAGGUGCCGGAGACGAAAGGGAUGCCGUUGGAGGUCAUUUCGGAGUUCUUUGCUGCUGGAGCGUCGGUGCUGGAUCGCCAGAACUGAGGGGAUAGAAUAGGAGUUUUGGUUUUGUUUUGUUUGGUGAUUGGUCCCUUUUUUCGUUGGUUUGCUUUUGAAGUUGUUUUCUUUGACUCUUAUCAUUAAUUCGUUGAUUACAUGGUUUGUAUUGCGAGGAUGUGACCAGGUGCAAUAAAAGAAAAGGUUAGAAUCAUUGAUGAUUUGGGUCUAUAUACUCUAUACUCUAUAGUAUUGUUUAUGUAUCUGGAAACAAGUUAACGUGGA